UGUCCUUGAAAGCAAAAUAGAAAAUAAAAUAAAAAUCUCAUCCCCUAAUUAAAAAAUGUCUCUCUCUCUGUCGUUCAACUGUCCUCGCUCCUCUACCAUCUUCUCAUCGUUCAAACCCAGAAAUCCUUCUUCUUCUUCAACUGGUCGUAUCUUCCACACCCAGAAACCUAAACCAGCCAUCAAGAAACUCGAAACCCUAGCCGCACGAGACACCAUUAUCGGCUUCGGCAAGCACAAGGGCAAGAUGCUGGGCGCGUUGCCUUCUUCGUAUCUCAAAUGGGUCUCCAUGAAUCUUCGCGCGGGCGAUUCCGAGUUCUGGGCAAAGCUUGCAGACGAAGUGCUCGAUGACCCGGUUUAUCAGGACCGGAUAGAGUGGGAGUACGCGGAGAAAAUCCUCCAUGGAAGCAAUGAAACCAUGAGAAAUCUGGUCUCUUCGAAGAAAGAAUCUGCAGAUGGAAAGAACAGUGUUUCGAUGUUGAUGGAGAUAAGCGAGAGAUUUGGUUGGGACAACGAGGAUGAGAUCGGGUGGGGGAAGGUUGAUUUCGAGCUUCUCGGGACGAGCAAAAGCGGUCGGAUUCCUAGGUCAAUACCAGACAAAAACGAAGAUACCCAGAAGGUUGAAAGAAGAGAGGGUAAGAAGGAAUCGGAAGAAGAUGAUGAUGGUAACGGAGGGAAGAGAAGCGAGAGGAGGGAGAGGAUGAAGAUGAGGCUGAGAGAGGAGGGUGAGGGCAAAACGGGAAUUACAAGACAGAGCAAGGGCAUUUACGGAAUUCCAAAGGAGCGGGAGACGUACAACCCUUUCCCUGGACGUGAAAGUCUCAUGAGGAAAGCGCUAAACCGGAGAAGAACACUCCAAUGACUCAGGCUCUCUCUUGUUGUGCUGUUUCCUGGACUCGAAACACCGAAAAAGAUGCGAUCCAAAUACUAAUAUCGGUGGUCGAUUGGUUUGGGUUUAUGUUUGGGUUCGAUGUAUAAUAUGGUUAGACAUGGGUUUCCGACAUUUUGAGUAUCCGCCCGAUCCAUAAGUUGAGUAUCCGACAUUUUGAAUA